AUCCAUGAUUCCGUAUGUCCAUGCCUCUAACCAACGAAUUUAACCUUUUAUCUAUCACAGACGGCAUCGCUCGCGCCGCAUACUUUAAAUAUACGUUUGAUUUAUCAAAGAUAGAAGUUUUUUGAUCACAAUUGAACGUCAGAUAAUGAUGGACAGCGUUGGUUUCCAGGUCCGCUUAAUAAACAACGAAAAGGGUAAAGGCAUUGUUGCAACGAGGUCGUUUAAGGAGGGCGAAGUCAUAUUUCAAGAAAAGCCGAUAGUAUGUUGUCAAUUUUCAUGGAAUGCAGAAUAUGGAUAUUCUGCCUGUGACAAUUGUUUGAAACCAUUAGAAACAGCGACAGAAAAUGUCAGGCGACUUACGGGCAAACCAGAGCUAGUAUUGCCUUAUCCUGAGUGUUGCCCAACAAAAAAGGAAUUAAUUGUCGCUUGUCCCGACUGUGAGGUCAAAUAUUGUUCGUCAGAAUGUCAAGAGGAAAGCUUAGCUAGGUAUCACCAAAUCUUGUGCCUCCGAUCGAGUAUUCAUGCCGAGAGAGAGCGUCACCCCUUAUCCAGAUUGAAUGACACAUGGAAGCAGAUGCAUUAUCCCCCAGAGACUGCGACUGUGAUGUUGCUAGCCAGAAUGGUCUCUCUUGUAGAACAAUCGUCUAACAAAGAUGCUACCCUAUCUACUUUUGAUCAGUUCUGUCGUCGAGCUGUAAAUGAAACACAGCAACUUUCUCACAAUCUAUUGGGUGAGAAAUUCAUGGACCAGAUUGACCUGCUUAGAGAGAUGGCCAUCUCUACUCUCCCCAUCCAAUCUGUCCAUCAGUGGUUUACCCCUCAUGGAUUCAGGAAAAUUUUGGCACUAAUCGGAACUAACGGACAAGGUAUCGGGACGAGUGCAUUCGGUGAAUGGGUGAAAAACGUCUCGACAUUGGAAUUAUCGGCCGACCAGAGGACACAAGUUCAUGAAUUGAUAGUCCAAAUUUAUGAUGAUAUGGAGGAAGUCGUUGGUUCGUUUUUAAACAAUGAAGGAUCAGGAUUGUAUGAGCUACAAUCGGCUGCAAAUCACAGUUGCCUCCCCAACGCCAUAGUUGAAUUUCCCUAUUCUAACAGCACCUUGGUGCUGAAGGCUGCAAAGGAUAUACAAGCUGAAGAAGAGAUUUGCCAAAGUUAUUUGGAUGAGUGCGCUUUGGAGAGGAGCAGAUAUUCUAGACAAAAGGCUCUCAGCUCUCUUUAUCUAUUCGUAUGCAAAUGUGAUAAGUGUCUUUCCCAAGCUGACGAUCCCAAUGAAACUUCAGACGAGGAUGAAGAUGGGGAUGAGGACGAUGAUGAAGACAUGUGAUUUGAUUCGAGUAGCAUGCUUUAACUGUUCUAAUAUUAUGACCAUGUUAUACGGAUAAUAACUAUUAUGACACAGCGAAUAAAGCAGAAUUGAUCAGA